AUGGGUCCUUUCUCUCCAGCUGUUGUGGCAGGUCGCUGGGAGGUGGAUAAAGACAAAAGGCAGGUGUUUAUUGAACCUCAGUGUUUUGAUGUGAUGGAUGGAGAUCUUUGCUUUCCUUGUUUCGCUGGAAGCAAGCACUGCUUCGCUGGAGGUGGGCACUGCUUCCCUCUCAUGCAUAGCAGUGGAUUCUUACCUAUUUACAUGGGAGCCACACACCUCCCCCACCUUAUUCUACGAGUCUUCUCUAGGCUCUACCCACCCUGCCAGCCUCUAGAGGGCACAGCCUUUGCCUUCCCCUGA